AUGCCAGAUCGCGGGCAACGAAUUCUUACUGUUCUUCACAAAUGUGCAACAAUGAUCAGUGAAAAUCCUGAACCAUUAAAUUCGUCUAUUGAGACCGGUAACAUUGAUCCAUUAAUUGGCGUUACAAAUAUUUGUUUAUCUUCAUUGGAAAACCCUUCAGCAUCAAAAGUUCGUCUUCGUCAAUUAUUACGACAAGUUGAAAAAGAAUUUGAAACUGUGUUACUUGAAAAUGUUGCUUUAAGAAAGGAAUUAGAACGAUAUAGUGGAUUGAACAAUAAUAAUACACAUGGUACAACAACAAGUAAACUUCGAGCAUCAAAUAUAUUUCCAAUGAUCAGAAAUCGAGUUGUAUUGAGAACAGGAAAUCAAUCAGAUGAUUUAAUUUUUUCCUCAACAAAUCAACAUAGAGAUGUUAUAUGGGAUGUUCAGGCUGGGGGUCUGGAUGAUCGUUAUUUUGGAUCAGCUUCUGCUGAUAAAACAUCGAUUAUUUGGUCGAGAAAGACAGGACGUUCUCUUAUUCAAUACCAAGGUCAUCGAGGAAGCGUUAAUUCAUGUCGCUUUGGAUAUUUCGACUCUGAUUUAGUUUUAACCGCAAGUGGAGAUCAUGAAGUACAUGUCUGGAAAUGGUCUUUUGAUGAAAACAAAGAUGAUGAUGAUGAAGACAACGAAUCGAUCACACAAAUCAUACGCAGUCCUAUAUUAGCUUUAAGAAGUGAUGAUGUUUUAUCUUGUGCAGAUUGGCUUCAACGAGAUCAAGUAGUAUCAGCUUCAUGGGAUAGAAGUGCUACUAUUUGGCAGGUGGAAACUGGUACUUCACUUCGUACACUAUAUGGACAUGAUGGUGAAUUAACUUAUGUUUCUUGUCAUCAAACAAAACCGCUUGUGAUUACUUCUUCGCGCGAUGGAACAUUUCGUUUAUGGGAUUGUCGAACUCCAAGUCAUUCUGUACAGAUAUUUAAUGGUCAUACAAAAGCUGUUAAUUCAGCACUAUUUCUUGGCAAUGAUCGUGUUGUAUCCUCUUCAGAUGAUGGUUUUGUUCACAUUUGGGAUUCUCGUUCAGCUACUUGUUCACCUCUUAUUUCACUUGAGUGUGUUUCACCAUGCAAUCGUAUAUCAUUAUCGCACGAUAUUCUAGCUAUACCACUUGAUAAUCGUGAUAUUCGACUUUAUUCCGCAGUAAAUGGAGAAAAACUUCAUGUUCAACGACGGGCACAUACGCGAGCUGUUCAAUGCACAGCCCUUGUUCAAUGUGUUAAUUCAAUGGAGUUUCUUCUUGCUAGUGGUAGUCUCGAUCGACAUAUGCACGUUUGGCAUAUUAAAAAAUUAAAAGGGUCCAGUAAUAAUAAAUUAAUAAAAUAUCUCGACGAAUCAAUAGGAUCAUCUAUGACGCCUUUAUCCAAUGAAGGUAAUAGAAUUGGAGGCGGAGCAGAUGGUCAAUAUAAGAAAACAACGAAAAGAACACCAUUAACUGAAAAACCUAAUAAUGUUGUUACAUCAACAGAGAAAAAACAGAUUUCAAAUACGUCAGCGACAACAUCUGAUAAGCAACCACAACGGACUUUACCAACAACAACAACUAAAUGA